AUGAACCUCUCGGAGCAGAUUUCAUACCUCUUCAGCUGCAACGUCAGCCCAAGUGAGAGGCCACAGCUCGAGAUAAGUGUCUCCAAAAGGGAGCCACUGAUCAUAGCCGUCCCCAUGACCAUUUUCUACAGCAUCAUCUUCUUUGUUGGAGUGUUACUCAAUGGUGUGAGCAUACUGACGCUCCUCAUGGAUCCUCAUAUGAGAGCUAGUGCCAUUCGUUUCUACCUCAUCAGUCUGGUCAUAUCAGACAUUUUGCAGCUGUUGACCAUCCCGGUAACUUUGUAUCGGUACUACUGGGAGAGCUACCCAUGGCGGCUGGGUCGAACAGUAUGCAAGGUCUACUUCAUGGUGCGCCAAGUGUACUGUGCCACCACAAGCUGGGUUAUCGUGACCUUCACCACUGAGCGCUAUGCAGCCAUCUGCCACACCAUGUGGUCUGUCUCCAGCAUGAAGAAGUCUCGGCUGCCAUGCCUUCUUUCAGUCUGGAUCAUUUCUCUGGUCUCGGCUGUACCCUUUGCUUUGGUCUAUGACCAGGCUCUUGCUUGUAUCCUGAACUACAAUGCCGCUACACAAGCAGACGCCUUCAUUAUCUCCACCAUGUGUGAGAUGUCAGAGCCUGAUCCUGCAUACAUCUACAAAGGUGCUUUACUCCUGAGAGCGGGGAUCUUCUUUCUGGUCCCAAUGGUCUCCAUUUGUACUCUCUAUCUGCUCAUUCUGCUCUACCUGAGGCGGAACGGACGUCAACGGAGAAAUAUGGGUCUGACGCGGUGGAAUCCAGAAGGAAGACACGACAUUCAGUGCCAUCAGAAUGGAAAGCUACUUUUAAAUGAAAAGAGAGCUCUAAAACUCAUGGGUGCAGUCUUGGUGGCCUUUUUUGUUUGCAACUUUCCGGACAUUGCCUCGUCGCUGAUGCAGGUUUAUGUGGUUGUGUGGUCCGACACUGUCCUUUCUGUCUACACAAUCCUGAAAUCGUACUUGUCGCUUCCACUGUGGUAUAUCAAUGGUGCUCUGGACCCACUGCUGUUCUGUAUUUCCUCUCACACAUUUCGCCGGGCUUGCUGGAGAACUCUGGGAAGGCUCAGGUCUCACUGCUACUGGAAAUAUGUGAGCAUAUCUUGGCUGCGGCAGACAAGUCCUAGUGAAGAAGCAAACACAACGGCCACUAAGAGGAUUGAUCGUAAAUUCUUUAGAGAGAAGAUGGACAAAAAGAAAAAUACAAUCACUAACAAAUUCGAUCAGAGUAAUGGACAGCAACAACAAGCAAUCUGA